AUGAAGGGCAUGAAUCUACAAUUUAUUGCCCCAAUUGUGCAAAAUGGGGAGAAAAUGGUGAAGCUCGAAGCUGAUGAUGUGGAACAGGAGACUGAAAAAUGGAAAAAUGCCAUUGUCAUAUAUGUAAUAGGUGAAUCACCCUCAAUUGGAGCUAUGGACAGAUUUGUGAAUUCAAUGGGUAAGUACUCAGCGAAACCUCAGAUCUACUACCACAAUGAAGACUAUUUCAUUAUACGAUUCAGUAGUAUUGAGGAAAGGGACCAAGUCUUGUACUCAGGACCACAUACGAUCAAUAAUCGACCAAUAAUUAUGAAGGCAUGGUCGGAGGAGUUCAACCUACAUGAUGAGGUGCUAAAGACAAUCCCAUUGUGGGUUAAGCUGCCUAAUUUACCUGUUAAUUGGUGGAGUAUGACUGCUUUAAGCAAAAUAGAAAGUGCCCUGGGUAACCCUAUUUAUGCUGAUGAGUGUAUGACUGGAGCAGUAAGGAUUUCAUAUGCUCGAUUACUAGUAGAAAUGGAUAUCACUAAGCCCCUUCCAGGACAGGUGAAACUUCAGGAUCCUAAAGGGAAGGAGAUGAUGCAGGUGGUGGAGUAUGACUGGGAACCUAAAUACUGCAGUAAGUGUUUGAAAAUAGGUCAUGACUAUGCUGAAAACAGGAAGCCAAUGCAACAACAAAGAAAUAUACAGCAGAAGAAGGCUAAUAAGGGUAGAAUGAUAUGGGUUAGAGCAGAUAAAGAAGAAGGAAACGAAAAUAAGGAAAAAGACCAGACAAAAGAAUGCUCAGGACAACAAAGGACUGAGACAGAUCAAGGGAGAGAUGGAAUGCAAAACAAGGAAGCAUGA